AUGAUACCCGGAAUAACCAACUGGGAUGAUCUAGGUUUCUCUUUUGAGGAAGUAGAUCAUGUGUCUAAUAAAUUCCAGUACACAUCAUUUGGUCUCGUCGACGACAACGACACCUUCUAUUAUGGCCAGCUAGGCGCCCGCAAGACGGAAAUAUCGCUCGAAGGAAUCAUGGCUGCUCUCAAUUCUAUCCCGGACAACACCAUACUAUCCCCAUGGUCCUUGUCAGAGGCAAAACUUCGCAAAGCACCAGAAACACUACCUACAAAAGUUUACAUCAAACGCCCGGCACUAGAACAAUACAGCAUGCUUAAGAAGCGAGGGAUUGAGAAACAGCUAUCCAACGCACUCGUAGCAGAGGCGCAAGUGUUAGAAGAGCUAUCACAACAUCCACACCCAAACAUGAUCCGCUACCACGGCUGUCGGACCCAUCUUCAAGAUGGGCACGACACAAUCGACAUACCCGUUUUUAUGGCCGCGCUCGAGGCUGUGAUCCGCCACCUACAUAUGCUUGGUUGGGCGCAUAAUGAUCUUACUCCAACCAAUAUUCUAGUUAGCGAGGCCGACAUGCCGGUAUUGAUUGACUUUGAGGGAUGUCAGAAGCUUGGUACGAAGUUGAAAUAUAUUCGGGGGACCGAAGAUUGGAUUGAAGGGGAGAUCGGGGACCAUACCACGUCGGAGGUGCAGCAUGAUACCUUUGCGCUUGAAAAGGUUCGGGCUUGGCUCGAGGAUCCAGGUUCGCAUGAGUGCGUUUUGUCUGCUAGCUCUCAAUUAUCACCUUAG